AUGCCCAGACUCAGAGGGUCCACAGCGGCCCGACAUUACGCCUCGCUUGACGCCGUGGCGAAACCAUUACCUCCGCAAGGACCCGGACGCGACCAGGGGAGGCAGAAGUUACCAAAUUACGGAGUUUUAACCUUUUGGGAGCUGAAGGAGCAAAAACAACAAAAGUCCUCUGUGAAAAUACAACUGUUUUUAGAAUAUCCUGAGCUAUUAUUUCCUAUUCAGAGGAAGAUAUUUUUAAGACUCUGCAUUUGUCCAAGAGAAGACUCCAGAGAAGUCAGAGCAGUUCAGAUAGUUCUAAAAGCCAUGGCCCAGGGAUUAGUGACAUUCAGGGAUGUGGCCAUAGAGUUCUCUCAGGAAGAAUGGAAGUGCCUGGAACCUGCUCAGAGGGACUUGUACAGGGACGUGACUUUGGAGAACUUCAGUAACUUGGUGUCACUAGGACUUUCCAUUUCUAAGCCUGAUGUCAUCUCCUUAUUGGAGCAAGGGAAAGAGCCCUGGAUGAUUGCAAAUGACAUGACAGGACCAUGGUGCUCAGACUUAGAGUCCAGGUGUCAGAAAUUUCUCCAAAAAGAUAUCUUUGAGAUAGAGUCAUUCAGUUGGGAGAUAAUGGAAAGCCUUAACUGCUGUGAUCUUGAGGGCUCCCGUUUUAGAGAUGACUGGGAAUGCAAAGGCCAGUUUGAAAGACAAGAAGUGCCACAGGAGCGCUAUUUCAAGCAAGUCAAAAUCACCUAUGAGGACAUGCCCACUUUCAAGCCUCAUGUAUCUCUACAUCAGAGCAGUGAGACCAGUGAGAAACUGAUUGAAUGUAAUGAAUGUGGGAAAGCAUUUAGCCGUGGCUCACACCUUGUUCAGCAUCAGAAAACUCACACUGGUGAAAAACCCUUUGAAUGUAAGGAAUGUGGGAGGGCUUUUAGUCGGACCUCGCACCUUGUUCAGCAUCAGAGAAUUCAUACGGGUGAGAAACCCUAUGACUGUAAGGAGUGUGGAAAGGCCUUCGGUCGUGCUUCAGAACUGAUUCUACAUCAGAGACUUCACACUGGUGUCAAACCCUAUGAAUGUAAAGAAUGUGGAAAGACCUUUAGGCAGCAUUCACAACUUAUUCUGCAUCACAGAACUCAUACAGGCGAGAAACCCUAUGUAUGUAAAGACUGUGGGAAGGCUUUUAUUCGUGGUUCCCAACUUACUGUUCAUCGGAGAAUUCAUACAGGUGCUAGGCCCUAUCAGUGUAAAGAAUGUGGGAAGGCCUUCAGACAGCAUUCGCAGCUUACUGUACAUCAGCGAAUUCAUACUGGGGAGAAACCCUAUGAAUGUAAGGAGUGCGGAAAGGGCUUUAUUCACAGCUCAGAAGUUACUAGACAUCAAAGAAUUCAUUCUGGGGAGAAACCCUAUGAAUGUAAAGAAUGUGGGAAGGCCUUCAGGCAGCACGCCCAGCUUACCCGACACCAGAGGGUUCAUACUGGUGACAGACCUUAUGAAUGUAAGGACUGUGGGAAGGCCUUUAGUCGUAGUUCAUACCUUAUUCAACAUCAAAGAAUUCAUACAGGUGACAAACCCUAUGAAUGUAAAGAAUGUGGGAAAGCCUUCAUUCGUGUUUCACAAUUGACUCAUCACCAGCGAAUUCACACUUGUGAGAAACCCUAUGAAUGCCGGGAAUGUGGAAUGGCCUUUAUUCGCAGUUCACAACUUACUGAACAUCAGAGAAUCCAUCCUGGUAUCAAGCCUUAUGAAUGUAGAGAAUGUGGGCAGGCCUUUAUACUUGGCUCACAGCUCAUUGAACACUACAGAAUUCAUACUGGUUAGAAGACCUUGAAUGAUAGGAAUAUAGAAAAGCUUUUAUGUGGAAUUCACACCUGGCUCAAUACUAUAUGACUUUUAAUGCAAUUAAUAUCAAAAAACCUUCACUUGUUACUUCUGUUAUGGAACAUGAGAGAACUCAUACCAGAAGAAAAUUCAAUAAAUGUGGGAAUUCUUUUUGCCUCA